AUGGCGCUUGUGCUGCUCCACCUGCCUACGCUAGCGCUGAAUGCAGCGGCGACACUAGUGUACCCGCUGUACUCAUCGUACAAGGCGGUGACGUCGUCCAAGACGUCUCUGCCAGAUAUGGAGGUGUGGCUGGUGUACUGGUCGGUGUUUGCGUGCUGGACGCUGUUGGAAUCGGUAUUCGGCUUUCUGUGGUCAUGGCUGCCUUUCUACUACGAGUUCAGACUGCUCUUUAACAUCUGGUUGGUCGCACCGCAGACUCGAGGGGCUACGUACAUAUAUACGAAUCAUCUGCAUCCAUUUUUGCAAUCGAACCAGCAACAAAUCGAUGCGUGGAUCGAAGAUGCGAAGCGCAACGUCAAGGCCAAGAUGGACGACAGUUUGGGUGGACUGUUGAGUGCUUGGUCGGGUGGAAGCGCAGCCGAGGGCGGGGCGGCACCACAGCCAAACGACGCAAGACAUCGUGCUCCAGCAAUGACCAACGCAGCUGCGCCUACACCUGCACCUGCUCCACCGACGCAGCACAACCCAGCGCAAGCAUCCAUGUCGAUGUUGGGCAACCUAGUGAAACAGUACGCGCCACUAGCGAUUGCGUCGGCCAAGGCGUUGCUGGAAACCAAACCGCCGCCACCAAACGUGUCGGCAUAUACGAUCCACGCUUCCGGAUCGUCGUCGAAACUGACGGAUCACCAAAGACGGCAAGAAGCGAUGGAGCGCCGACGACAACUUGAAUCGCAUCUCGCUGCACUCGACGCGAGCGGCGUACCAUCCAGCACGAGCAGCAGCAGCAACGGCCACAGCAACAGCAGCGGCGACGAAGCACCUGCACCAGUCACCAUGAUCAACCCCGGCAAACAACCACGCUCCAGCCUCGGCACAGCGCGCACGCUCCGCAAUCGGCUCGUCAGCGGUAGUGCCAAAACCGCCCAGGCCGGCGCCGCCAUGGGCGAAUCAUACGACCUACUCGACCAGAACGACAUCCCGCCUCUACACGCCAGUCCGAAGCCUACCAACUGGAUCCCUUGGACGCCCGCUUCGCAGUAA